AAAAAAUGUACCCUUCAGUCUCGUUGUUAUGGCACGCCUAUGCUUUUUACGAAUGACAUUUGACAAAUGACAGCUGUCAAAUUCGUGGYAGGKUUUGUUGAUCGAACAUCAUGAUUAGUCCACUAACACGCAAACAUUUUUUAAUUUCCGUCUUGAACAACCAGUGUUUGACCCAKAUGCAGAAAUAAUUCAUUAAAAUGUCUGACUCGGACCACUACAUUUCGAAACAUCAACAACUUUUACGCGACUUGAAAAACACAGUUGAGGGGCUGUUGGUGUCUCAAGUGGCCAAUGUGUGGUCCAUUUAUGGUGGUUUGAACCGUCUGCACUGCUCUGUGGAGAAGAUCUUCAAACACGGGUGUAAAUCUCCCGGAAUUGAGURUACGAGCUAUUUAGACUUCAUUCAAGGAUUGGAAUGGUUGCAGCCGGAAAAUUCCAAAUCGUACUUUUCCAUCGAUUGCGAAUACAAGCCGCACUUGCCUCAGAAUCUCAAGGAUGACAAAGCCUCGAUUUGGCUGUAUAGAAGCCUAGAAAACCACUCUUUGUCGCAGAAAUUGUCCUGGUUGCUUUCUGACAAGACACACCUGUUGAAAUGCUACCAAGAGUACGCGUUUCUGUGCCAGGAAAAGUACGCAGAAGCCGCCCUCAUCUGUUUGAGGGCUGUGGAGCGAAACCAGGCUAGUCUCAUGUCGGAAAUCAACCCGUGUCUCUUCCUCCUCGAAGCCAACGCUAAGGAAUUCCACAAAAUGCACCGACGCUGCUCCUCAUACCCCGACGACCAUUUCAAGAAAGACUACUCAGGGAGUGACCAUAAACCAAAAGGGGUUCCCGCCCCUAAGACCCCCGUGAUAAGAGGCAAAUUAAAACCGUGGCAUAGUAUGCCCAGUCUACGAUCAGACACCUUCAAAAUCAAGAACAAACAUUUAACACUGAGUAAAACAACUCCGUCCACGCCACUUUAUACCAAAAGAAUUUCAUCUAGUGCUCUAAAAAUCGAUUAUAAGUCGAUGCAGUACCCCAAAGUAAGGAAAUCGAACUUGAAGAAGGGCUCAAAGGCGAAGAAAGAGACGAGACAUGUGAUUAUAAACAAUUGUGAUAUUAUUGAGCACACGCCGCCUUUGAGCAGCUCCCAGAGCAGCGGGGCUAUGGGGAAUGACGAUUUGAUGAAUCUCUCGACAAAAUCGUUGCCUGAAACGAGAAAUUUGGCUCAUUCUCCGAGACUUGUCGAUAGUUUUCUGCCUUUGUCAGGAGAGAAGGACUACAGGAAAGCCCCGAAAAAGUCGUUUAUUGAGGACGGCGGCAUGAGCGUACUUCCCAUGGCCACAGGGUAUUUUCCAAGGCCGGUAAAGGGCCAAAGUCUGCUCUCCUUUCUGACUUCGAGUCAGUUUGCUCGAGCAAACGCCGAAUUGGAUCGCGAAAACGCCCAUUUCAGCAUAUCUGAAGCAAUCAUUUCAGCGAUGGAACAAAUCCGAUGUCGACGAGAUUUCAAACUAGACGAUCAAUUUGACGAUAGUGACCCGGAAAUCAUGGAUUUGAAACAACGAAUUCGUCUACGAAGACGCGAAAAAAUGGUGGAAAAGCAAAGAAAAGUCUGGUCUGAGUCUUUACUAAGCGACGGAAGAACCGAUACCGCGACCACUGUGAGUCCAUGCUCCACAACCCCCGACACUCUUUCCGAAAGCGCCAGUUCCGACGAAGUCGAGGAUUUGGACAUAGACGAAGCUUCGAAUCUCUCGGAAAAUCAUGGUCUUUCAGCGUCGAUGGCGUCGUUGUAUUCGGAAGCCGAUGUGCUGAAACGGCCACGUGGGGCACCCGAUGGUGCCUCUGAUGUUUUCUCAGCAGAGGGGGUUGCCUUGUCGCUUAUAAGCAAGUUCAACGAGAAGCAGUUACCGAGAGCCUCCGAUUUAGAGUGGUUGGUGUCGGAGGAAGAUGCCCCUCAAGCGUUGUUACCUCUACCGAAGAGCUGGCCGGUGAGUCCAGACGAUCCCGACGUGACGGCUUCCACGCUCCUGAGAGGGACGCAAGAAUGGGCACCCCCCAGGCCGCAGAUUAUCUUCACCAUUCAUCCACCACCCACGAGAAAAUCUUUGAUCGCGAAGCAGAACUAUCGAUGCGCCGGAUGUAGCAUGAGAGUGGCCCCCCAGUACGCCUCCAGGUACCGCUAUUGCGACUAUUUGGGUCGCUAUUUUUGCACAGGGUGUCACACCAAUCAAUUGGCGUUAAUCCCGGGGCGAGUUAUACAAAAGUGGGAUUUUACGAGAUAUCAAGUUUCGUCAUUCUCUUAUCGGCUUUUAGAACAAAUGUACUCCGAUCCGUUAUUCCGAGUUUUCGAACUGAACAAACACAUCUGGAAGAUGUCGAAGAAUCUUCAGUUGUGUCGAAGAUUCCGUUUAGGUUUAUUCUAUCUGAAAGACUUUAUUUUUGCUUGUAGGUUUGCAGAAUCAAUUCGGGAGAGAUUAGAAUCAGAAAAAUCGUAUCUUUUAACCGAUCCUGAAGUUUAUUCCAUGGAAGAUCUAGUCAAUGUUAGAAACGGUGAUAUGAAACUUAGGCUGAAAUAUUUAGUCGAAUUAUGUUGUAGACACAUUUCCGAGUGUAAAUUGUGUGUAGCGAGAGGCUUUAUCUGUGAAGUUUGUAAUGCCCCAGAAGUCAUUUUUCCAUGGCAGAUGCGUAAAGUCAGUAGAUGCAACAAAUGUGGGGCCUGUUAUCAUAUUAGUUGUUGGAACUUUAAUGAUAAACCAUGUAACAAGUGUUUGAGAAUUAGUAAACGCAAAGAAAGUAUAGGGAAUAGUUCACGCGACAGUUUUUAAUUGAUAUUUAAUUAAGUAUAUUUAUUUGUGUAGACAAUUUAUUUUUUAUAAAUGUGCAAUUGUGUAAGAAAUUAUUUAAUAUAUACAUUUUCCAACAA